AUGGCAUCUUCACCGCUGUCAACGACUGCGUACGCCUCUGAACACUUCAUGGAAGGUGCUGGUGCUGUCCUGUUUCGCCUCUCCGAUCGCAAAAUAUGCCUCAUCCAAGACCGUGCGACCGGUGAAUGGCUGCUGGCGAGUGGACGCCGUAAUAUCGACGAGGAACGUCAAACAGCAGCACUGAGAGGGGUCUGGAGGAAGACAGGGUACUGCUGCCGAAUGCUCCCUAUCACGCUGAAGACCUGGGCACCGCUGUGCUAUGACGAAGGUGAACUCGACGUGGUCGACGAAGCCAGAGAGGAAGCUGGGACUUGCGAGCCUUUCAUGUUCCCCCACAGAACGUCAAGAUCAGGAGCGUUCAAGAUCACCUGGUGGUACGUCGCAGCGAUGAACGAGCAGAACCCUGCGCCCGAGGAUACGGAAUUCGAGACUCGACUCUUCGACUUUGAGGGAGCGGCGCAAACAUUGACGUACCAGUCAGACCGGGACGUCGUCCAUAAAGCGAUUGCAAUCUUCCGGACCUCGUUCGCGGAGCUCCUGGGCGAUGUGAUCAGGUGGGCGCUGGACGACCAGUGGUGCCCUGGCGCCUACGCGCAGCAGUGA